AUGUCCUACACUGCAGCUCUCCAAGAGGCAGACAAAACUUCACAUUCUACCCUUUCUUUAUUCAACGUGAAUGCUAUUGAAGACAUUGAUGGCGAUGUUUUGUGGGAGAAUUUCGACGCCGUUGAAGAUUCUUGCAACAAGUUGAAUAGAGGAACCAGUAGCUAUCUCGAUCCCAUUGCCGUUGGUGGCUUCAUUCUUCGCGAGGGCAGCAGGGACAUCGAUUGGGUUUGGCCAGUUGUUGAUCGUUUGAAUCUAUCCUUCUUUACCUCUGUCGUGUGGUCUAACAGCGGGUCAUACGAUGAAGCAAUAUCCGUUUUUUUCCAGCUGCUUGUCCCUGAACACCUUCAUGAUCGAGACGAGGUUAUUGAUAUGUUCUUGGAUCUGGUGACGAGGCGGAAACUUGGCGAGAAAGGUUGGCCGACUGAUGAGUAUACAAUGCAAGAAGUUGUCAACAAGAUGAAGGAGGACAUCGAGAAUGAUAUGGAAGAUGAAGACCAGUCGUUGCGUGAAAGGGUAUUGAAUGCCUUCAACAAAAGAUAUGGACAUGUGGAUACGAUGCCAUGGGAUGAUCUGGAGCAUAUGACCCAUCCCCAACGCAUGAAAGAGACAUGGUUCAAACUAUUACCAAUCGUAUUGGGUGCCAUUGAGAACAAGGUUGAUCUUCAGCAAGCCAAGGGAAAUGGAAGCGGCAAUGCUAUUGAGAUUAGCGACGAUGAUAACGAUUCCAACGCAGAAAAAGAAGAUGGCCAGGAGGAUGACUUUUAUGAUGCACCAACUUAUUUUGGCAACGAUGGCGACCGAGAAGACUACAAGUUUGAAUCGAUAGAUGAUGAAUUUGAUGAGUUGGAAGACGAGCACGAGACACCAGAUGAAUCACAUACUGGAAUGAAGCGUUCACACAAUCAAGAGGAAGAUGAUGUUGGCCCUGUUGACAAACGUAAACGACGUGAGCCCGUUGUCAUAUCAGAAUGGUCGGCGGUUGAACCAAGUCAAGAAUCUUAUAGCAAUCGUGAAGGCGAGAACGAUGACAUUUCUGGUGCAUGGGGCGAGGACAGUGGAUCCAAUAUUGAGGAUGAUUACAGGGAUGGAGCACCACUAUCCGGAGGUUAUUCCGUACGAGCACCAGGUUAUGCACGACGCAGCACUAGUCACAGCUCGAUUAGCAGCGUGCCUCGCUUUCAUGAGAAUGCAUCCUCUUCCCUUGUUGAUCCCGACCCACACUUCAAUGGAGAAGAAACCAGUAACCAUAGCGACAAUAGGAUGGAGAAUGAAAAUGGAUCAAGUCAAGCAGAAAGAUUACCCCAUGGUCUAGCAAAUACAAUCAAUCUUGGAGCUGUGUCGCCUAUUCCACCGUCUACUCCAUCACCUAAUCGGUCAUCUACUCCAUCACCUACUCAAUCAGCUAUCCAAUCACCUACUCGACCACCUAAUCAAUCAUCUACUCAAUCAGCUAUUCAAUCAACUACUCGACCACCUAUCCAAUCAACUACUCAAUCAGCUAUUCAAUCAUCUGAUGAUCAUCCCACGACAAGCAAUCUUGCCUCUUAUAGAAGUCGAAUUGAAGAACGAGGUGAUAUCGCUAGAAGUGGAACUACGCGAGCUCACAAUCCUCUACUGAUAUCGCAUACCAGCAAUGCUCAACAGCAGGAUGAUCAAAUCAACAACCAACCAAGCGCCAGUGUUACUGCAACUCUUCCAAUUCAACCCCGUCGUCGUCACCAUCGUCGUGAAUUGCCUGAUAUUGAGAUAGAUAACGCCACUGCUCCUGUUCCACAACAGCAAAAUGGUGAUCGACUACGAAAAUUGAAUGAAUAUUGGACGGAUGAGGAGGUUGCAGCGCUCGAUGAAGGUCUCAGAACGUACAGCAGACGAUGGGUUGCAAUCAAAGCAAGGUUUCCCGAUACCCUUCGCAACAGAACGAAUGUUCAAUUAAAGGACAAGGCAAGGAACAUCGCACGACAAAGGAGAAAGGAAGGAUUACCGCUGGAGCAUUAUGAAGGCUGUGGAUAA